GGCAGAGGAGCAUACACGAGCCAUGCGCAUGUCAAUCUGCUCCUUUGCCUUGGACGCUUCACCACGACUGCGUGCGACCCGACUGGAAUGAUGGCGACGAGCCAUCGCAGCAUACGAGCGCUCUGCCCGUCACCAUGAACGUCCAGGCGUGCUAUACCGAGGUGCUCGUCGCCGCCUUCAUUUAGGUGUAUAACUAUCGCGAGAUCCCUUCCGAGCUUCCACCGCGCUGGCCUUGGCCGACGAGCAGUUUGAGCUUUCUGAGUCAAACAGGCGGCGAGGUUGUGAUUCUGAGCAACUGAGCUGAUGCCCGCCGAGACUACAAGGAGAUCCUCUCCUGUGGGCCGACCAACAGCAUUAUGGCACAUUCUUCUACUCUGCACAUUUUGUCGUGUAUCGGCAAAGACGUCAAACCCACUUGCGAUUCCGGCGAAGACUUUCUCAUGUCUGUCACCCCUGACGGGCGAGUCCCACUCUCUCACGUUAUUCUGCAGUCAUGCAGUGAUCACUAUCAGUCUUGUCAACAUCAUUAGUCUGAGAUGACUUAAUUGAGAACCAAGCAGAGUGCCGACUAAGUUUUUGGGACAGAACCUCAUUGGCUUCGUUCGAAAGAGCAAGGAUAUAGCUUCACGCGUAGUACGAUCUGAAAUCUAGGUUUCAGCUCGCCAGACUUCAACACAUGCACUUGUCAUCCCGAGGAAUCGGAUUCGCCACCCCUCAAGUAUUUGGAGAAUAAAACGUGAGCGUCUCUCCAAGCCAGACGAAGUUGAGAGCAACAUCACUUCCUCCAUACGAAUCACAAUGUCUCCUCAACAAAUCACCACUGUUCGUUCGGCAACAUGGCCUCUGUCCCAGAAUGCAAAUCUGAACAUGAAGCAAACGCGACUCUCAAGGUUGCCUCUAGGGCUAAAGAAUGAGCUAGUUUCGUUCAUAGGAGAAUUCUGCGGCACUUUUAUGUUCCUGCUUCUCGCUUUCUUGUCAACCCAUGUUGUUGUGACGGAAAAUCCUCCAGAUCAGCCCCUUGAUAGUGCGGGACGACUUUACGUCGCCCUUGCUUUUGGCUUCUCACUUGCCGCCAAUGUUUGGAUAUUUUAUAGGAUUAGCGGUGGCCUAUUCAAUCCAGCCGUCACGCUUGGCCUUCUUCUUGCUGGAGCUAUCAAGCCAUUACGAUCGGUUGUCCUCCUGAUUGCACAACUGGUCGCAGGAAUUGCCGCCGCCGCUCUCGCGGAUGGCUUGUCUCCAGGGCCGCUGAAUGUCUCCACCAAAGUGGCCGAAGGAGUCAGCGACGUGCGUGCGUUGUUCAUCGAAUUCUUUCUGACAGCGCAGCUCGUCCUUGCUGUUCUCGUCCUGGCCGUAGAAAAACACAAAGCCACUUUCCUCGCUCCUGUGGGCAUUGGUUUAGCCCUGUUCGUCAUCCACUUGGCGGCAAUCCCCUACGACGGUUGCUCAGUCAAUCCAGCCCGAUCGCUUGGACCAGAAGUCGUGUCCGGAUUUCAAAGCUACGAUUGGAUUUUCUACGUUGGUCCUUUCUUGGGAUCUCUUCUCGCAGUUGGUCUGUACAAAUUGCUGAAACUUAUGGUCUACGAAACCGCGAAUCCGGGGCAAGACUUUGAUGAGCUGGAGACGGCCAUGUUCGUCCGGCAUGAGAAGGCUUCGACUAGAGAUCAGGUCCUCCGCCCUGUCAUAUCAUAUCCGCGAGGGUCUCAAAGUUUUGCCUCUCAAAGGCUGCCAUCGGACUUGAAUGGCAAAGAGAGCAUGGACGAAAAUGCAUGUCGUGGAUACAGCGCUCACGAAAGUCCCCGAGAGACGCAAACUGUUUGA